AUGUCAACAGGACCCGGUCGAUUACUCCCUUCACGGCCAGUCAUUCCCAAGGGCGAACCACCGUACUCAGGCCCAGCUCCCCUUAGACAACCAGAUAGACCUGGAAGCUCUGCCAACAAGUCACGGACCUCACAUGCCUGUGACAGGUGUAGGGUUAUGCGCACCAAGUGUUCUGGGGGCGACCGUUGUACCAAGUGUGUCAAGGACAAUGCCGGCUGCGUGUACGGGGACCGGAAAAGAGAGCGCAACAAAAAGGACCUGGCCGAGUGCUUGGAUCGCAUUGAUGAGUUGAAAAGAGAUAAUCAUGCCUUGCUCACUGCACUCCGCUCGCUCACGACUAGCGAUGAAUUCGAUGCACCAAGACAUGGCGACAUUCUCGAGCUUUUGUCCCAGUAUUCACAAGAACCGUCGCAGAAUGGAUACGAAUCCGGUGGUCACUCCACUCCCACGGUGGCAAGUAGUAAACAACGUCCAGCAUCCCACCGCAUGUCUUAUGGUGACGAACAUGGUUCUGUCUCAGGCGAAAAGACCGCGGCAUCUAGCGUCGGCUCUCCAGGGAAGCAAGGGGAAUUGGCGGAGGUGGUCGACCUUGGUGGCGGCUCUGGUGCGUCUGGGUUCAUUGGGAAGAUGUCAGAAAUGUCCUGGAUCCGUCGUGCUUUUGAGUUAAUGAGCUAUCAAGAAAGGAACAGCACAGACCUGCCGGAAGUUUCCAUGGGUGUCAUGGACCAUCAUCUCACCACAACCAAAGACUUCUGCUUCUAUAUGGACGAUGUCGAUAUCUUGGCAUUUGACGAAGAUCUCGUUGAUCCCUAUGAAUGGCCUCCCGGUGAGAGUGCUCUGCUCCUGACUGAGGCGUACUUCCAUUGCAUGCAAGGCACGUUGCCUUUCGUGAUGAGGGAGAAUUUUCUACAUACUCUGCUCUCGUAUCCGCGCCGAAGAAAUAUGCCGACCUGGGCCGAGCGGCGUUGGCUGGCACUGGCCAACCUUGUCUGGGCCAUUGGGUCAAAAUGGCUGUACAUCACGAAACUGGAUCAAUCCAGCCCUCCAGAAACUCAUUUAGUAUAUUAUGCAAGAGCACGCGCUCUGGGUCUCGACCACCGGGUCGUCUUUGAUCAUCCGGACAUCGAACGAGUCCAGGGGAUCGGUGUUCUGGCACUUUAUCUAUUAAUCAAUGGCUCCAUCACUCGUGCGUGGAACACUUUGGGUCAUGCUACACGUCAUGCCACGGCACUCGGUUUGCAUCUAAGGGUCUCAGAUCCUGACCUGGGCGAGAACGAGCGAGCGAGACGCGUUCGGACGUGGUACGCGCUGUAUUCCCUCGAAAUCUUGAUCGCCGAGAUAACUGGAAGACCAAAAUCUAUAUUUUUGUCUGAUGUGACGACUCCGGUUGACUUGUUCCAACGCGACGACAUCGAAGCUAUGAACCUUGCUGAGGGGAACCAUUUCAUAACGGCUGCGGAGUCUCGGAGAGUAUGGCUUGAUUUCUUGAGGGCGAGGCGUGAAAUAUCCCAGACAAUGACAGGAGUCAUGGUUCCGUGGACCAGUUUCCCGUCAAUCGGCCGCGGGAUCUCACAUCUCUAUUUUCCGCAGCGAGUCUAUCUGUGCCGCCUGAGCGAUAAGAUUGGAACACGCUUAUACAGCGGAACGUCCGAGGACUCAUGGUCGCAGGUGCAGCAAAAGAUUGGUGAAUUGCAAACGGACUUGAGGCACUGGGCCGAGAGCCUUCCGGACGAGCUGAACUUGCAAAGCGACACCACGGAGGAUUCUGAUCCUCGUGCCAGAAUUGAGUUGGCCAUGUAUUACCACAGCGUGCAAAUGAUCCUACACCGGCCCUGCUUAUGCGAGGUCAUCAUCGAAAACCAAUCCCACGCAUCACAAGAAUUUAAUCGGAGUUCGGCACGCGCAUGCGUCCAUGCGGCGAUGUCGUUGCUGGCUAUCAUCCCAGACAAUCCCAGCGCCCACGAGGCUUACCAACUUCUUCCGUGGUGGUCACUACUCCACUACGUAGCCCAAGCUACCGCAGUCUUGCUGCUGGAAAUGGCACUUGGCUGCCAACACUUUCAAAACGAGAUCCCUGAAGUGGUCAACUACCUGCGCAAGGCCAUGGCUUAUAUUUGGUGCCUGAGUCAAGGAUCUCCAUCGGCAUAUCGAGCGUGGAGAAUGUGCAGAAAGUUGUUGUCGGACAUUCAGGACAACCAUGAUCAGUAUCAUGCAAUCGACAUUCCUGAAAGGGCACCAAAGCCGGCAAACUGGACACUCGAACACGAGGCCGCCGUAAUGAAAACUAUAUAUGCGUCGGAAGUAGGCUCGGCUCUUUGA